AUAAUUUUCCGGUGUGUACGAUAAUUUUACGGCCCUGUGUCGAUCAGUCGAACUAAAGUCUCUGGGAUCACUGGGUUGAAGGAACAUGAGCGGCCAUUCGGAAGAUAAGAGUUGUAACAUCAAUAUGAAAGAGAGUGUUUUGUCCGGCAACGAUUCAACAAUGAAACGCGGAGGAAGGUUAUUAGGAUACUUGAUCUAUUCCUGUGGAAAGAGUUUCUUAAUUAUCUUCGUGAUAAGUCUUAUCGCAUCAAUGAACUAUACUGUUUAUGUAGAAAUACAAAAAUGUCAAACGAUGUGGAGUGGAGUAGAAUUAUUGCUAGCUUCUCAAAAUGAUUACCUGGUCUCUCAAAAAGACUUUCUAGUCUCUCAAAGUGAACAACUGAGUUCUACAAAUCAUUUCUUGAGAGUUAUGGAGAAUUUGUCAAGACAAAUAACUAACAAUAAUAAAACUGUGAAUGCAACGUACGAAAAAACAAAGAUAUAUGCGAUAACACCAACUUUUACCAGAGCUGUACAAAAGGCCGAAUUGACUCGGCUAUCCCAAACUUUUCAACUUGUGCCAAAUUUCCAUUGGAUAAUCAUAGAGGAUUCGCUCAAGAGGACAAACCUCGUCUCGAAAUUACUACAAGAAAGUUCGUUAAUAUAUACACAUUUAGUAGCAGCUACUCCACCUAAUUAUAAACUUGGAAAGGAUGAUCCUAAUUGGAAAAAGCCGCGAGGUGUUGAACAACGAAAUGCGGCUUUGCACUGGUUAAGGAAAAAUCUUAACUCAAGUGAUAACGGUGUUGUAUUUUUUGCCGAUGACGAUAACACAUAUUCCGUCAAAUUAUUCCAAGAGAUGAGGAAGAUUCAAAAGGUCGGCGUUUGGCCGGUGGGUCUCGUUGGUGGCCUAAUGGUGGAGAAACCUAUUUGUGAUAAUGUUACUAAUAAAGUAGUUGGUUUUAAUGCCGUUUGGAAACCCAAUAGACCGUUUCCUAUAGAUAUGGCAGGUUUUGCUAUCAACCUGAAACUCCUAUUAGAGAAUAAGGAUGCAUUAUUUUCUUAUGAUGUGGAAAGUGGUUAUCAGGAGAGUGAGAUUCUUAGACAAAUUGUUACAAAGGAUGAACUGGAACCUUUAGCUGAUUUCUGUACAAAAGUAUACGUUUGGCAUACGCGAACGGAACCACCACGACUGAAUGCUGAGGAAUCGUUAAUAAAGAAAGGGAUACAUUCUAAUUUUGGAAUAGAGGUUUAAAAAUUAUGCCAAUGUAUCUUUUAUAAAAGAUACAAAUCCUUCGUUUGCUAACUAUAGCUUUAGUUCAUUCUACGAGAUGUGAAUACGAGAUUUUUAUAGUUUCUUUCACGUAUGUCGUAAGUGGCCAUACGUUGUGAUGGAUUUAAAUUUAUAAACUGAUA